GCCUAGACGAUGGGCUUCGAUCCAAAGUAGAUGGGUCAGUAAGUUUGCGAGAUUAGGAAACCUAACACGCCCAGAUCACCUAUCGGAAUCCCACUCAGAUUUCCCAUCUACCUCAAAAUUUUCCAAAGAAAUCCGAUUCAAUUCAAUUUCAAUCCAGUCGAAUCCUUUCAGGUUUCAACCGAACCAACCCUCCAAGUUUAUCAGAUCCAUUCACCCACCCCUUUGUUUGGGAAAGUUCAUCUAUAUUAGUACCACUAGUUGAAAAUUCAUCAAUAGAUGUCGAGGGAAGCGAUCACCAGAGCAAAAACAGGAGCAGCAGCCAUGGAGGAUUCUUUCUUCUGCGAUUUCCGAUUCCAUUCCAAGAUUGACGCUUUCGAUAUCGCUAGCGAAGCAUUUACUGAGCACUAGUCAGCCGUCAACCCCCACCAGCUCUCCUCCUUGUUAUCUGCUUUUCUUUUUUUUUUUUUUAAACCACAAGAAUGAGUCCGAGUAUGUCCAAAUCCGAAAAACAAGAGAACAAGGGUGGUGUUUUAGAGAUUUCGCCGGACGGCCGUUUUAUUAAGUACGAUGAAGUUCUUGGUAGAGGAGCAUUCAAGACGGUAUUCAAGGGUUUUGAUCAAGAAAACGGGACGGAGGUAGCUUGGUACCAAAUUAACCUGGAAGCCGGCAGGGCAGCAGCCUCCUUGGAUGAUUUGCCCAAACUUGCCAGAAGUUUGUUGUCUGAGGCUGCUUUGAUGAAAUCACUCAAGCAUAACAACAUAAUCAGAUGCCAACACUCGUGGGUUGACGAAGAUAACACGAAUGUAAACAUGAUUACUGAGUUGUUUAGUUCGGGAACUUUAAGGGAGUUUAGGAACAAUCACAAGUCCGUCAAUAUCAAGGCCAUCAAGAACUGGGCUAAGCAGAUUUUGGAGGGGCUGAACUAUUUGCAUACCCGUAAUCCACCCAUUGCUCAUAGAGAUUUGAAGUGCGAUAAUAUCUUUGUCAAUGCGAAUCAGGGGGAGGUCAAGAUUGGUGAUCUAGGAUUGGCCACGGUGUUGAAGAAUUCAGGUGUCGCAACAAGUGUUGUUGGGACACCUGAAUUCAUGGCUCCUGAAGUGUAUGACGAGAAGUAUAAUGAACUUGUCGACAUAUAUGCCUUUGGGAUGUGCAUGCUGGAGUUGAUCAUUUGUGAUUACCCUUACAGUGAAUGCACAAAUGUCGCUCAGAUUUACAAGAAGGUCACGAAAGGGGUGAAGCCACUUGCCUUGGGAAAUGUCAAGGAUCCUCAGGUUAAAGGAUUUAUUGAAAAGUGUUUACUUCCUGCAGCUCAGAGACCCAGUGCUGCGCAGCUCUUGAAAGAUCCAUUCUUAUCAUCACCAGAGAGCUUAAAAGGGGAUAAAUGCGAAUCGGGGGUUCGCCCGUCCGCUGUUCUGCCUGAAUCCAACAAUAUUCCGCAGCCUGAUUCCCAAGUCUCCACGAGUAAUGAUGGAUCUAGUUAUAAUAAGGCUUCGACUUCAAGUAAGGCAUCUGCAGCAGGCAUGAUCACGUCAGGUCCUAUCUCUAUAUUAGAAUCUUUGAGGUCCACACAACAGAUACAGCUACGAUUGAGAGGGAAGAGAAUCGAUCAGAAAACAGUUUUGUUUAACUUGCGAGUUGCAGACUUGCAUUGUCCUGUGGCAAACUGUUUUGAGUUUCUCUUUGAUCUUAAAUCUGAUGAUGCGCUUAAGAUCGCUUCAGAGAUGGUUCAAGGGAAGGACUUAACGUAUGGAGAUGUGCCAGUCGCAGUUGAGUUGAUGGACAGCAUGCUUUUGGAGCUUGAACCAACCUGGAAACCUUGCAAUGCAUAUUACAGUGCAAAUAAUGUUGCAUCUGACUGCAGGGAAUUGGGUUCAAAUUGGCAACUUGGCGCUGUGGUUCAUUAGGGAUUCAAUCAGUUGUAAAUGAGAAUUCAAUCAAUUGUAAAUGGAUAGACUCUCUCCAGGACAACAGUUUUUUGGUACACCUUUGUUAUUGUAUAUUAUCAAUAAAAGUGGAUUCUUUUUUCGUUA